AUGCCUUUGGAUCAAGAACACGAUAUUCGGGAGCUCCCGCCAGAUCAACGAAUUCUCGCAGGCCAGCGGUAUCGGAAGUCCCUCAUUUUUGUCGCGCAGUUGGCAAUAUGGAUCGGUUAUCUUUAUUUCACUGCGCGUUUGUUACUGAUCCUGAUUUACUCCCGACGAACUUGGCAAAUGUGGCUAAUGUUGCUAGUGGAAGCUAUAUUCUCUCAUUUGUCUCGAAAAGAACAACUCCUGGUUGUGGCUGCAAGUAAAGUUCCUAGAGGUGGUCCCCGCAAGAGGCUGCGACUUCAAGGCACGAAAAACCUGCCCAGUGUGGACAUCUUGCUACCUUGCUGCGGAGAGCCGGUCGACGUGAUCAUGGAUACAGUGCGAGCAGCAUGUACCCUGGACUAUCCUGCAUCACACUUUCGAGUCUUGGUGCUAGAUGAUGGUGACUCAACCGUUCUGAAAAAGGCCGUGUCUACGUUGCAGUCUCAGUGGCCUCACCUGUCAUAUCAUUCUCGCGGCAGACAGUCCGGUCAGGUGUUUGCAAAAUCUGGAAAUCUGAAUUAUGCCUUGAUGACUCUGCAGCGAGAGAUCCAGCCAGAGUUCUGUGCCAUUCUAGAUGCCGACUCUAUCCCGACACGGGAUUUCCUUCGAGGAACUCUGCCGCAUUUGCUUCAAAACCCUGAAUCGGCGUUGGUCUCUACCCGACAAUAUUUCUCCAAUCUUCCCAAAGGCGACCCGCUUUCUCAAGCACGGUCUCAUUUCUAUACCUGCCAAAAUGCAGAGCUGGAUAUCUUGGGAAAAGCCAUAGAUGCUGGGUCUGGUGCAGUUUUCCGGCGGAAAUCCAUCGUCGAAGUCGGUCUCUAUCCCACUUACUCUUUCUCUGAGGACUGGCAGCUCUCACUGGUAUUACACGGCCUCGGACACCGCACUAUGCAGGUACAGGAGCCUCUUCAAUUUGGGCUUGUCCCAACUUCUCUCACUGGACAUAUUGCUCAAAGAAAUCGCUGGUAUAUCGGACAUGCCCAGCAAAUCAUGGCGGUGCUCUCUCGGAAGAUUCAAACUCUUCCAAAGCACUUGCAGUGGAACAUUGCCCUCAAUGGCGUGGGAAUUAUCGCAGCAGAACUAGGUUGUUUCGUUGGCUUCUGUGCUGUUCCAUGCCUUCUGCUUUCUGGACAGCUGAUCCCGGUCAGCUCUCCCUUCAUGACCAAGCUUCAACUUUUACUUGCCGCGUCACAAGUCCUCAUGACUUGGCUCUAUGAACAUGCUCAGGCUGCACAUACAGGCUUCCGGAGUGUGCCAUUCGCUCACCUGGAGAACAAGUGGCUUGCUGGCGGGAACAUCUGUAGCAUCCUCAAGUUCUAUUUGUUUUCCAGCAAACCUAAAGGCUCAUUUGUGACAGGAAGCACAGCAAAUUCCUGGAACCGCAUCUCGACCACCUCGCUGUACACGAAGCUACACCGAGACCUAUGGCAGAAUUGCGUCUGGCUCAAUGUACUCACGCUUUUUGCAAUACUUGGUGCUCUUUUCUACUCCGUGACUGCAGUGGUAUCUACGAGCGACGAGGGCUUGGCCUGUCGGCUGCUCACAACUGUCACCUGGCCACCGUUGCUGCAUUUGUGCUACCUGGCUGUAUUGAGCAACUGGGUGCCGAUAGCUUAUCUCUUGAAUCCUCCGAAUAAUUCUGAUCAGAACUCGGAGCCAUGUGAAGCGAAGUCUCGAGUCUUUACCCUUGGUUCUGAGAAGAGGGCUUUGCCACGAUUCAAGCGCGAUAUAAGCAAGGUCGGGAGGGAUAUGCUCCAUCUAGGAAGCAUAGUAGAAAUUGGAGACGAAAGUGAAUUGUAG